AAGAAGAAAAAAGAAAGAGAGAGAGAGAGAAGAAAAGGUGCUUGUUCUAAAGUGUUAGGGUCAAGGAUAGACGCCGAGCGGAGCACAUCGGUGGUGUUGAAUAGAGAGGGGUCAGUUUACUGAGUCGCUCCAGGGCAGAAGAAGGAGUGAGGUGAAGGACCCUCCCACACAUCUCACCCAGCUCUCAGCUCAUCUCUACCUCUCCCCUGCCCCCUCGACACUCUCCCCCUGGACUCCGAUGGCAAAGCAUGAUCCGAACGACCUCCCCCCACCGUACUACUCUGUAUCGCUCCACACUCAGCCUCCCCUCAGGCCCUAUGAGGAGGUCGUCUAUGGCAACCGGUUCGGAGUGCCCACAUACCAACAUCCACACUACGUCCCCCAGCAUCCCCCUGUGAUUGCCACGGCUGUGACACAGCCCAGCCUCCCGCCCUCCAAGGGUAAAGAGAAGCGGUGCUGUGGCAGGAAUGCCCAGUGUUUUGGAGGCUCUGGAGGGACCGUGCUCCUGCUGGUGCUGCUCGGUGUCGCCAUCUGGCUGGGGGUGCACUACGGCACGCGACUGGCGACCGCGGCCAUCAUCGAGGGCCAAAGUGGCAGUAAGGGCAGCUCGGAGCCCCCCGAGAGCAUGACCACACCCGACACCUGCCCCAACACAACCGUCCUGUGUGACGCACAACGCGACUGCCUGCAGGGUAGUGACGAGACCAACUGUGUGCGGUUUGCGUCAGAUGGUAGUUUGCAGGUGAGGACGGCUCAGGACGGCCGCUUCCUCUCCGUGUGUUACCAGGACUGGGAUGCCAGCUUCGCUGACCAGACGUGUGCCCAGCUGGGCUUCAGGCAGUCUUACCAGCUCAAUGCACUGGGCGGACAGCAGUCCAUGGGUGUGUCUCUGACGGACAAAGACUCCUCACGUCCCCUCCAUGGCCAAGUCAACGUCAGCUCUACCUGCCCCAAUUUGCAGACUGUUUCCCUCCAGUGUGUGCAAUGUGGCCAGCAGCAGUUGACCUCCAGGAUUAUAGGGGGCAGUGUUGCCAAAGAGGGCCAGUGGCCAUGGCAGGUCAGCCUCCACUUCAAGGGCACCCAUGUGUGCGGGGGAACCCUGAUCUCUCCAGACUUUGUGGUGACGGCAGCCCACUGCUUCCCCAGUUCCAACCCAUCUUACACGGAAGCUGUGAACUGGCGUGUGUACGGAGGGGUGGUGUCCCAGACAAAACUACCUGCACCCUUCCUGGUGAAGAAGAUCAUUGCCCACGAAAGCUACAGCCAGCUAACUAAUGACUACGACAUUGCGCUGCUCAAACUGACAGCACCUGUGGAUUUCAACAAUGUUUUCCAGCCUGCCUGUCUGCCGGCCUAUGACCAGUCCUUCAGUCCCGGAGACAAAUGCUGGACGUCAGGCUUUGGAACAACUGAGGAGGGGCCAGCGAGUAGCUCCCCUGACCUCAUGGAGGUGACGGUGGACAUCAUCGAUCCGCGCGUCUGCAACAGCAGCAGGGUGUACGGCGGCAGGGUCAGCAGGAACAUGAUAUGUGCUGGAGACCUGGAGGGAGGAAGGGACUCGUGUCAGGGCGACAGUGGCGGGCCGUUGGUGUGCCCGUCCCAGGAUGGGCGCUGGUACCUGGUGGGCGUGACCAGCUGGGGGGCGGGCUGCGGCCGCAGGAACAAGCCGGGUGUCUACGGCAGCGUAUCCAGCAUGCUGCCCUGGAUCUACAGCAAGAUGCAGCAAGAGAGACCCUAAGCCACAUCACCCCCUCACCCCCUCCCUGGGUCACUCGUGGACGGCAGGGGAUACGCUUCUCUCUCUCAUCCACUGGACCACACAGUUACGUCAGGCUAAUGGGCAGAUGUUGAGACAAGUGGCCAAUCACUGAGGGACCACCAAUCAGAGACAUUAAAGCACUUUAAGAUGAGCUGCCCCUAUGGCCCUGGCCUUUCCCUCUUUCAUUUCCCCUUAUCCAGAAUUUACACUUUGACGUCACUACUUCACAUUUAAUGUCAAUCGAAUGAAGGAGGUUGAAUUCUACAGUUGGGAAGAAUAUGUAUCUCAAUUGCUAGAUAAUGAUUAUUUUUACUGUCUUGGGUUAUCAUCAGACUCUUCAACUUAUCUCUAACAUUGGAAAACUUGUAUUGGAAACUUCCUAUUGAGGAGAGGUCAGUGUGCAGGAUUGCCAGUGUUCCAAUCCAAGAUAUGCAAUGUAUGAUUGGGAGUGGUUGAUCCAGUCCUUUAUUAGUAUACAUUUUAGAUGUUGCUAAUUCAUUCUCCACACCCUCAGCUCAAAUGAUCCCUCGAAGGAUGUCCAGAAUUGCUCAGGUUGUACGGGCAAUUGUCAAAAAAAAAGUAAGUAAAAAAUGUCUGUCAAAGGCAAGGCCCCCCAAUUUCCUUGAGAAGACGGCAGUUUGGGUCAUUUUUCCUUUUGUCUGUUUACUGUUCCCUGGACCUAGAUACAUAGAUACUUUAUUGAUCCCCAGGGGAAAUUCAAGGACCUGAUGGCAUAUGG